CCAACUCGUUUCUGCGCAUCCUUCUCCUCCGCUGCCGUUGGUGUUCGUCCUACGUCGAGAGGAAGCAAAACGAAGGCGCAGCCGCGAGCUGAGGACCGGACCAGAUUGGCAGGAACUAAAAGACAAGGAGAAGUCUGUCAAUGGCGUCGUCAUCGGCCCAGCUGCCGGUCUCAUCGGCCGCGUCUUCCGCUUCGCCUUCAUCCACGAGCUCACCGUGCGCCGCCUGCAAGUUCCUCCGCCGCAAGUGCCAACCCGACUGCGUCUUCGCCCCUUACUUCCCGCCGGACCAGCCGCAGAAGUUCGUGCACGUGCACCGCGUCUUCGGCGCCAGCAACGUCACGAAGCUCCUCAACGAGCUGCACCCCUACCAGCGCGAGGACGCCGUGAACUCCCUCGCCUACGAGGCCGACAUGCGCCUCCGCGACCCCGUCUACGGAUGCGUCGGCGUCAUCUCCAUCCUCCAGCACCAGCUGCGGCAGCUCCAGAUGGACCUUUCCUGCGCCAAGUCCGAGCUCUCCAAGUACCGGUCAGCCGCAGCCGCAGCCGCCGCCACCGCCGCUGCAGGAACUUCCAGCGCCAGUUUUGGCGAGACCAUCCCGGUGACUUCCGCCACCGGCCACGGGUUCAUCAACCUCAACCACACCGGCAUAACCUGCCUCGGGUUCGGACGGGAUCAGUUCUUCCCAUCCUCCGCGAGGGAUCCAAACCACAACCUCCAGAUGAUGCUGAGGAAUCAUGACGCAGAUCUGGCCGCGAGGUUGGGUGCCAACGGUGCUUAUGAUGCAGGCCUGGCGGCGGCUGUGAACGCCACCUCCGCGGCAGCAAUUGGGCUGUUUGGUGGGCAUUUCUCGAAGCCGAGUGCUGCCGGCGGCGACGAGCGGCCGGGCAUUGGGCCUCUCUAGAAAACCUUAGCAGGUUGAACAUUUGGAGCGUGAUUGAUUGCAGGAAAAGAACUGAGAAGUGUGUUCCUGUGACAGUCCUGCCAUUUUACACAGUCAAAACUACAAACAAAGGAAGGAUGUCUUCAUCUUCUACCUCUGGCUUUAUGUUAUCCAAAGUCGGACGAUAUGUGUUUACUUGUUCUUGCUAUGUGGCAAUGCUACUUUCUCUAUCAAGAUCCGAUCCUUGUAGUAGUGACUUAUACUUGCUUUCUUUUCGUGCAUGCAAAUGAUCAUAAAUUACUUUCGUUUUCC